GCAGCAGCCCACGAUCGUGACAGACUUCCAAAAUAGAAGUCUCUCUUCUUUAACUAAAUACCCCUCAAAAAAUUCUUUUUGUUCUUACAAACCCAACAAGGUAUGGAUAGGAACUACGAUGAUGAUAAUUAUGGUGACGGCGUAGCCCCGAGGAGGAGGUCACCAACCGGCGGCGGAAGAAGGAGAGACGGUGAUGAUCGAGAGCCGCCGCAGUAUCGAGGGAUACGGAAGAGGCCGUGGGGCAAGUUUGCGGCGGAGAUAAGGGACCCGACGAGGAACGGGGCGAGGAGAUGGCUGGGGACUUUUGGGUCCGCGGAGGAGGCGGCUCGUGCUUACGACCGAGCCGCCUUCGCCUUUAGGGGUCACUUGGCCAUACUCAACUUUCCCAAUGAGUACCAAGCCACGCACCACGGUCAUUAUUAUGGUUCGGAUCCUGCUAAUAGCGGUUACUCCCUGCAGCAGCCAUUGGUGGCUUCCUCGUCGAAUAGCUUCCACUAUGGGUCCGCACCGGCUGAGGCUUCCACGGCCGCCACGGGGCAGCAUGACGGUGAAGUGAUAGAGUUGGAGUAUCUGGAUGAUAACGUAUUGGAGGAGCUUCUGGGCAAUUACUCCGAGGAUGGCCACCAUUUCUACCAGUGACACAACUAGCCGUAAAGUUUUACGUAGUUUAAGUAGUUCUUCUUCGUAGAAUGCAUUGAAGGUGGCAGAAAAUGGUUGUAAGAAAAUAACUAGUAAUAAGUAACCUGCGUACAACUCUCGAGUACUGCAGAUCGUCUAAUUUGUUUAGGCGGAUAUAUUUAUUAUGUAGUUUGUCUAGCUAAUUGCAUUCAAUGAAAAUGUUGGGAUAUAUGGAUGCAAUCAAAAUGCAUGGAACAAGGGGAAACAUAUAUUGUUUGUCUCCAACCGAUGAAUGCAUAUGCAUUCAGUAUGAGGACCCCAAAUAUUAAAAAUGAUGAGAAGUAAUAAAGGUAAUUAGUUUAA